AUGCAGGCAUCGGCUUCUACAUCGGAUUCCACUCCUCUUCAUCUUCCGCCGCAAUUUCCAGUUUUCAGUCGAGCGGCUGGGGUCUGCUACCAGUGCAAAAGAUCCAAGACCCGCUGCGAUAAAACCCUUCCUACCUGUGAUCGAUGCCUACUGAAAAAGAUUCGUUGCGUCUACGGGCGCCAAAUAUCCACCAGCAACUCCGCUGGCGGACUUUGUCCAGGAGACGGAGAAAUCAUCAUGCCACCUAAAGAUGCUCAGGCCUGCUGUCUCUCUGAAGUACCUCUUGACAUGUGUUACAAGCUCGUUGGUAUGAUAUCAGUGGCCCUGCUUAGCGGCGUUGAUGAUGCUGAGCAAGAUGCUUCACUUCUUCGUAUGACACUCAAGUCAGCAGCACUGACCGCCACGUCCAUUGUUCAAACUUACAGGGAAACGGUUCAUGGCUGGUUUCCAAUUGUGGGCGAUGAUCAAAUUAAUCAACUUCUCGAGAUUUAUGCUCAGGGAAAUUGUCGAGGCAUUGACGGAAUGCUUCUUUUAUCCAUGGCGCUAGUAUCUCAAUUGCCUUGCGGACAUUGUGAGUUUAAUAUGCACAGCAAUUUAUACAAGGCAGUAAAACAGUCAUUUUUGCUUUUACAAACAGCCUCAAGAUCACAUUUAAGGGUUCUUCAGAUUGGACUUUUGCUGUCACUAUUUGAGUACGGCCAUGGCUUUGACCAAGAGUCGGAAUUGACAGUUGCUGCUUGUGCCGUCAUUUGCAAAUUACGCAAGAUGCCUUCUGAUUCUGAGAGGAAAGAUGUUCCAGAAAUAGGCAUAGAUGCUGCGUGUCGGAAGGCAGUCAUUAUCAUGGACUGUUUGGUAAAAUUACCGAAAUCCUCGGCAAGGGAACAAAACUUAAACGAUAGCAGCCCAGAUUCAGUAGCGGAACAUGUACAGCUGGAUGACGAACACUUCAAAGAAAGCUGUGGCUCAUCGUCCAACUUCGAGAUGCUCUUCCAAGUUGCUGGGGUCGUCCGAGAGGCAAUACAGUAUAUCAAAGAUGAGAUAACGUCUAAAUCUCCUGAAAAUUCAUACCCCGUAGUCGAAUCGCGGCUUAGAAAUCUUUGCUAUGCCCUUAUCCAAGCAGCGGGUCCUAAUUCUCUUAUGUUUUGCGACAGCAUCGCUCUUGCGCUUAGGUACCAUACUCAUUACAGGACCGAUCACCAAGCAAUUACAUGA